UCAAAUUAUUGUUUCAAGCCAGGGUUAGUGUCUAACAGAGCACAUUCGCUCCCAUUUACGGAGUGUCCCUGAACACACCUUGCGCAUGGUAAACAUGAAUGGCAGCCGCAUUGAAUGGGUUGACAAAUACAAUGUUUAUCCCCCGAUUAAUGAAGGCUCGUAUAUAAUGUGUUCCGAUGGGGGGGGUUUUCCCCCUGGAAGUCCCAAACAAAUUCUGGCAUUUUCUAAAAGUGUUCACAGACGCCAGAAAGAAUGCGUUCUCAAUAACGUUCAUCAGGCAGAAAUGAACUAAGUUGAGUUCACGUUUGCCCAAAAUAUGAACCAGUUCUUGGAACAACACUGGUUAGUUGGGGUAUCCAAGUUGGGUUUCAAGACAGAGUUAGGGUCUCAAAUUAGGCUUUCAAAAAAAGGGGGUUUCAAAUUAGGAUUUGAAGAGAGGGACAGCGUUUCAAACAAGGGUUUGUGUUUUGAGCCAGUGUUAGGGUGUCAAGACAGUUACAGGGUUUCAAACAAGCGUUGGGGUAUCAAAGUAGGGUUUCAACUUCAGCCAGUGUUUGGGUUUCAAGUCUUGGUUAGGGUUUCAAACAAGGGUUAGGGCUUUAAAGUCUCCCUAAUCGCUAAAUGUGGAACAUCAUGUGACCAACGUGGAAAACAGGAUAGCUGAUUUCCUGCGUAUACUAUGCUAACGAGCAUAACUACCGAAAACCUGGUGGUAGACAGAGGAAGUGAUGGAGGAAAUGCUCCACAUCCAGCAGGGGAAAUCAAAUGCCCUGAGAUGGAAGACGCCAACGUUUCCUUCACCGUCAAAGAAGAGAGUCCGGAUGAGGCUCUGUGGAUCAGGGAUCCAGCCGGCUCUGGUUCAUCUUUGCAGUACCAAAAUGUGUCCGAGGGGUUUGAGGAGGACCGCCAGAAGACUGCCUCUAACUUUGGGGACUCGUUCGCAUCGGGCAAGCAUGGCGGCGAGGCGAGCGGCCUCCACUUGCUGGUCAAGACGGAGAAGGAGGAGACGGCGUGCCAGCUUGGCGCCACCAAACAAAACCAACUGGCUGACUUGUCCCUGGACGAGCGCGACCACCAGCUGUGGUCAUCCAUCAUCGACGGGGACGACAUUGACUCUGCUUUCCCGGACUUUUCCAGUGUGGUGGACGAAUAUUCGGAUGCCUUUCCAGAGCAGCCGCGAAAGUCGGGCAGCGUCUCGCAUCUGCCCUCGCAGCGGUCUUGUAAUAGCGCCUACGAUGGCGAGGACCCGGCGUCCUCCACCUUUCCACCCAGACCUCAGUCGGACCCACGCAAGGAGCAAGUCUACCCGCAAAGGCGUCCCGAAGUCGGGGAACCCGCGGACGAACUGGCAGCGACCGCCUCGCAAGGCGCUUUCGCCCACUCUGACACGACCCACCGGCCCUUCCCGCGAGGCUUUGCCUGCGCGCAGUGCGGCAAGACCUUCUCGCGCCUGCACCAGUUCAAGCUGCACCAGCAGAGCCACAAGCGCAAACGGGCCUUCUGGUGCGCCGUGUGCGGGAAAGGCUUCCAGUGCUCGUCGCACCUCAGCAUCCACCACCGCACGCACACUGGCGAAAAGCCCUACGGCUGCCUGCAGUGCGGAAAACGCUUCACGCAACAGAGCAGCCUGCGCGUGCACCAGCGCACACACAGUGGUGAGCGGCCGUACAACUGCACACAGUGUGGAAAGACCUUCAUCCUCAUGCACCACCUCAAGCGACACUGCGUCAUCCACACUUACGGCUGAGGGGCUUUGACAGCUUAGCAUAGACAUUGUACAGCUUAUUUUUUGACCAUGCAAGACGAAGGAAUGGUGCUUUUCUUGGUUUUAAAGGCCCAGAUUGGACCGGACUGCCUUUCCACGAAGCGGUAUAGUUGUGUCAGGUACCAAAAUACCCUGGUACCAGAAGCUCCUCUUAACAGAAACUCGCAUGACUCAAGUCUGACUUGUUGGUUGAGGUUUUCCUUGGUUUUAAAGGCCAAGAUUGGAUAUGACCACAUUUCCACCGAGCGUACUGUGGUGAUGGAUAUUAAAAUGACCCACGCAAGGAGCAGGUGCACCAGCAGAGGCGGCCCCGAGUCAGGGAACUGACUGACGGAGUGGCAGCGGCUGCUUCACAAGUUGCUUUCGGCCAUGCAGGCCACGACCGGGGCGCUGUCCGCUGCCCCUUCCAUAUAUCGGUGCAUGCACAGUUGUGACCGGCUGUUCGACUUCACCAAGUGUGGAAUUGUGCUUGUUCCAUUUGCCGUCGGCUACCUUUCUGCCCAGACCUCAGGUGGAUCCACGCAAGGAGCAGGUCUGCGCGCAGUCAGGGAAUUAACCGACAGGGCAGCGUCAGCCGCGUCGCAAGUCGCUUUCACCCCUGCCAUCCACCAACUGGACACAGCCGCUUCUACACUGAGUGUGGCAUUGUGCUUGUUGGACCCGCUGCCGGCUACCUUUGUGCAAGGAGCAGGUCUACCUGCAAAGCUGUCCCCAAGCCAGGGAAGCGUCUGACCUGGACGUCGCUCAACGGCCCUUCCACGCACCCGUGCACGACAGCGGUUGGACUCGCCGUCGGCUACCUUUGCGUGGCCGCGUGCGUCGCUUUCGGCCCUUCGGGCACUACCCGUCUCCACCGCCCUUUACGUUCACGCACAGUGGCGAAUGGCCGUUCGACUGUGCCGAGUGCGGGCAGUAUUGUGCUUGUUGGACUGACUGUCGGCUACCCUCCUGCCUAGACCUUAGGUGCACCCAUGCAAAGAGCAGGUCUAGCCGCAGAGGCGUCCCCAAGUCGGGGAACCGUCUGAAGAGGUGGUGGUUGCAUUGCAAGUCGCUUUCCGCCCCGUCUGCCACUAGCCGGACACUGCCCACCAACCCUUGGUGUGGGUCGCCUGCGCGCAGUGCAGCAUGAUCGUCAUCCUCAUGCACCAUCUUCAAGCGACACCCCGUCAUCCACACCUUAGCAUUGACAGUUAUUUUUUGACUAUGCAACAAGAGAGAAUGGUGCUUUUCUUGGUUUGAAAGGCCCAGAUUGGACCGGACUGCCUUUCCACGAAGCGGUAUAGUUGUGUCAGGUACCAAAAUACCCUGGUACCAGAAGCUCCUCUGAACAGAAACUCGCAUGACUCAAGUCUGACUUGUUCCCAUGGAAUUAAAUCUGUGACGUCUCCUUUUAAUUAAAUUAUUCUUGUUGAAUGAAUUGCUUUGGUGUGUCAUCAUGGCAUCACAAAGCCAUUACUGUACAAGUUAACCUGUGGUUUGAUAGUCUUUAUGGUAUUCCUCAUCAUAAUUUAUAUUUAUGAAAAUAUCACAAAAUACUUCAAGUAGCCACAACAUUCAGGCAGUGGUUAAAAUGUUUUGCGCAAAUGGUAACAAAUUAAGUUUGGCAUUAGGGUUCAAAUUAGGGUUUCAAGCCUGGCUAAGUGUUUCAAACAAAGGCUCAGGUUUCGAAAUAAGGUGUCAUGCCUACGUUUAGGUUUCAAAGAUUUCAAGACAGGUUUAGAAUUUCAAAUUAAGGAUGAAAGACCGUGUUAGGGUUUUAAGUUUUUUGUUAGAGUUCCAAAUGAGGAUUUCAAGACAGUGUUAUGGUUGUUAUGUUUGACAAGACUACAAAAUACUUGUAAUUAGUGUUUUAAGAUUGCAUUACGAAGGUCAUGUCCAUGUCAUAGUUUGGUAGUUCUUUUCAACAUUUGUUGCAGUCUAGGAGUUGCCACCAGGGAGCAGUCUAAAUCUUAACUCGAUGCUGUAGCCACAACAGGAACAGGAAAAAUGUUUUCCCUUCAUAAAAUACCCAUCAUUCCAUUUUCCGUAACGCUUCACUAGAGUCACGGGGACGUGCUGGCGCCUAUCUUAUCUAACUCGGGCCAAAGGCAGGGUACACCCUGAACUGGUCGCCAGCCAAUCACAGGCCACAUAUAGACAUACAACCAUUUGCAACGGGCAAUUUAGAGUCUUGAGUUAACCUGUCACAUGAGAAAACCCACGCAGGCAGAGGGCACUGUGCCACCCACAUAAAAUACCUACUAAAUGUAAUAACUGGGCAAGAGAAGUGGGGUACACGCUGGAUUGGUCCCCAGCAGGCACAUGGCGAGAAACAAGAAUUCACACUCUCAUUCAAACUUUGGACAAUUUCAAGUUUCCCUCUGACGUGCAUGUUUUUUUUUUUUUUUUUUUUUU